AAAACCUUCCCAAAUCGCAUGCUCUCAGGUGGGGCAGUGGCUUAUGACAAUAUGAGCCCCUCCGUCUUCCUCCUGUGGCUUGUCAUUAUUUCUGUCCUCGCCCACUCUGCCCUAGCUUCAAUCCCUCUAGCUUAUUUCUUAGACUGUGGGGGCACCAAAGAGGUAACGGUAGACAAUCUCACAUACAUUCCUGAUGAAAGUUACAUCAAGGUGGGCAAAACCACCACCAUCAACAAGCCAGACUUGUUGCCAAUACUCUCAACAUUGCGAUACUUUCCCGACACGUCGGCUAAAAAAUAUUGUUAUUCAUUGCCCGUCAUUAAAGGCAGCAAAUACCUUGUGAAGACAAUGUACUACUAUGGAGGUUUUGAUGGAAGGAAUAAGCAGCCUCCGGUGUUUGAUCAAAUCAUUGAAGGGACAAGAUGGAGUGUUGUGAACACCACAGAGGAUUAUGCCAAAGGUCUUAGUUCUUACUUUGAUAUUGUGGUGGUGCCAUCGGGGAAGACUUUGAGUGUGUGCUUGGCAAGGAAUGCACACACGGGUGGCGCAAGCCCCUUCAUUUCGGCCUUGGAGGUGAAGAGGUUGGAUGCUUCUUUUUAUAAUCCUACCGACUUUAACAAAUAUGCCCUUCUAACCGUUGCCAGGCAUGCCUUUGGAGCUGAAGAUAUCAUUAGUUUUCCAGAUGACAAAUUAAACCGGAUGUGGCAACCAUACAAGGACCAGAAUCUUGUUGUGGAAAGCCAUUCAAAUGUGACUUCUUCAGACUUUUGGAAUCAACCUCCAGUGAAAGCAUUCAGUUCUGCAAUGACAACUAGUCGGGGGAAGACACUUGAGAUUCAGUGGCCUCCUAUGUCCCUUCCCAGCACCUAUUACUACAUUUCCCUCUAUUUUCAGGACAACAGAAAUCCAAGCCCUUACAGCUGGAGAAUUUUUGAUGUUUCUAUUAAUGGCCACACCUUCUUUUCCAGCCUCAAUGCCACAACUAAGGGUGUCACUGUUUAUGCUGCAAAAUGGCCACUCUCAGGGCAGACCAAAAUUACAUUGACCCCUGGUAGUGGAAUACCUGUUGGACCUGUGAUCAAUGCCGGGGAAAUUUAUCAAGUUCUACCUCUUGGUGGUCGAACUCAUACUAGAGAUGUAAUUGCAAUGGAAGAUUUGGCAAGAAGCAUUCAGAAUCCUCCUGCUGAUUGGCAUGGUGAUCCUUGCCUACCUAAGGGAAAUUCUUGGACUGGAGUUACAUGCUCUAAUGGUUUCCAUGCACGAGUCACGACACUGAAUUUGACAAAUGCUGGAGUGUCAGGGUCACUUCCUCCAACUCUUGGCCGUCUAAGUGCACUAGAGCAUUUGUGGCUUGGGGAAAACAAACUCUCAGGCACUAUCCCAGAUUUGAGUGGACUGAAGGAGUUAGAAACAUUGCAUUUGGAGAAGAACAACUUUGAAGGACCACUUCCUCCAUCAACAAAGAAACUCCCAAAACUGCGUAUAAUUGAGUCAGAUUUUGAGAAUAAGUCACCAAACACUAAUUUAAAGCAAAGCGAAGUGAAAGUAGAACAAAUGGCUCUAGAGAUUCAUCCGUGAGAAUGAGCACAAGCCAUUGCAAAUUCGACAGGUUUUGUACGUGACUGAAGAGGCUUUAAUACAAUCAUAGUGUCUAAUGGGACGAGAAGUAAUUAAUUGGCACCAUAUACCAAUCCCAUUAUUUCUGUAUCACGUGGGAAUUAUGAUUGCAAGCUAUUGCUGCAAAAAUUAGACGCAUAUGUGUAAUUAUAUGGUGAUAUAUAUUGAGUAAAUAUUUGAUAGAAUAUGAUUGAAAGAA